AUGGCGUACGGAGCGAUUUCAGGAGUAGAAAAGGGUCCUCUUAUCCUUAUGGAUAAGGCCUGGGGUAAGGUUCAUGUCCCCGUCCCAAUAGCGGAGGCCCAGGAGCCCAAUCUCAUCUGGAAUGGAGGCGGCCGCUUCCACUCCCGCUUCGAGCUCGAGCUCGUCCCGGCGCAAAGCAUCGACAGCUUGUCUGAGCUGCAAGAUCCGAAAAUCAAAGGUGGUAUCUCCCCUCCCAACACGCCCUAUCAAAGUCGAUCAGGACUCAAAUGCAUAUACGACGCCUCCCUCGACAGAAGACGGAAAAUCCAUUGGGAACGGGCCGAGACCGAGUCUACCCUUCAAAAGCAGCUGCUGCAGCGCCUCCUCCGACUGAUCCACUCCGGAGAUGACGAUAUUCGAAAGAGACUGAAAGAUGACAUUCCGACUCGGAUGCUCGUGCAAAGGCUCGGCAUGGACAUACCCGAACACGCUACCACAUCGUCGAGCGCUGAUACACCAGGGUCCUGGGCUUCAGCUCACGCCGAGAAGACGAGCCGCCAUGAGUUCGCAGAGGAUGUGAGUCAAAGGGAAGAGUUGAUUCGGCGGCAAGGGAUUUUCCCCGAAGGAGUCCACGACUCUGCGACAAGAGCAGGCCCCUCUACCGCAUGGGCCGAUCCGGUAGGUUCGCGCGACGACCAAUGGUAUCUGCCAAUCUUGGCUGGUGUGCAUGUGCAGAGAUCGGGGGAAAGCGAUCCCAGAGACAAAUUUCGCAUCUUUUGUUCAACGACCCACGAUACUCCCAGCGUCGAGUUCGUCAGCAUAUUCGGCGACUCCUCAUUCUUGUCCCCCGAGAUCAGGGCAAGUCAAGUUUUGAUCUCGCAGCAACAGCAGACAAUCAAUCUUGACAUUCCAGAAUACCUCAUCCAACCGAUGCUUUUCGAGGGAGAGCGAUGUCCGAUAGCUGCUGUAUAUACUGAUUUCCGCGACUAUGGACGUAGACAACUGGCGUCGGGAUUUCCCGUCGAAUUUGUUCUGGGGCCUCCACGGGUGGACCUCACUCUCUAUUUUCGCAAUCGCAGGGUCGAAGACCCCCAUACACCGGCGACCUGGGCCUGUGAGUACAUGCGCCUCCUGAAGAACUUCGACACGUAUGUAGCUCUGGCAUGGAUUUUCACCUAUGCACAUUUCAUGCGCUGGACGAUCGCACCUUCGGCAGCGACAUACGCACUGCUUCCAGAGGCAAUGAGACCGACACCUCUCCAGAGACUAGUCCGUCAUCACCCCGGAGUGGAUCUGCCUAUAUUCCCUGAAAUGCGUGACGGUCUGGUCCAGGAUAUGCGCGACUACAUCGUCGCCAUCCAGACCCUUGGAUGUAGCGUCAAUUGGGAACAUGGAUUGGCUGGAGCGAUCGAUACGGACCCCGAGACGGGUAACAUGACCUUGUCAGACCGCUUCGCGACUCACAUAUGUGACUUGUCGCACUGGUCCAUCAGCCAGAGAUUUGCCGACGUCUUUCCGGAGAUGCGAGGCUAUUACCAGGUCACCGAGCAGGACACGAUCCCCGCGUCAAAGGUCGACGUCGAAGGGUUUCUUGAACAGAGAGCUCAAAGACGCCCUGGAUCCGACCAAAGGAACGCCGAUGGCUAA